AUGGGGUGCUGUGGCUGUGGAAGCUCUGGGGGCUGCGGUCGUGGCUAUGGUGGUGGUGGUGGUGGCUGUGGUGGUGGCUGCGGUGGCUGUGGUGGUGGCUGCGGUGGUGGCUGCGGUGGUGGCUGUGGCAGCUGCACCACCUGUAGAAGCUACCGGCUCGGCUGCUGCACCAGCUGCUGCCCCUGCUGCUAUGGCUGCUGUGGGGGCUGCUGCAGUGUCCCCGUGGUCUGCUGCUGCCGCCGCUCCUGUGGCUGUGGCUCGUGUGGCUGUGGGCAGGGCUGUUGCCAGCAGAAGGGCUGCUGCCAACAGAAGGGCUGCUGCCAGAAGCAACGCUGCCACUAG